GAACCUUCCGUCUCGAAAUGGAUGAGGUUCCUCAGCAAGAAUCACAACGUCAAGUUCGUUUGGCUCCAGUUCCUACCCUACACGACCAACACAUAUACCCGGAUCGUGCCCGUGGCCAAGUUCACCCAGAUGGUCGGGAAUGGUCGACGUUUAUCUAUCGCCAACGAAGCCUUUCUCCUAGCUCCAGGUGACUGUCUGGUAGACGAGGAAUUGGCAGCUGGGUCGUUCAGUCUUCUUCCAGACCUCGACACGGCCUAUUGCCAGGCACACUCCGAGGGAACUCGUGUGGUCAUCCAGUGUGACUGCGUUGAUAGCAAGAACGGACAACCUAUCGAGAGAUGCGCGCGUUCACUGACUCGACACCUUUGCUCGAAGUUUCAGAGUUCGACCGGUCUUGUUCCUUAUAUCGGAUUCGAAGUGGAGGUGGUCUUUAUGAAACGCGAGCCAGAUACAGUUACAUAUACCCCGAUAAGCAGGAAUCAUCAGUGGUCCGGUAUUACCCAAGAGGAUUCUGUGCAUUUGAACCUCAUCGAGGGCUGCAUGAGUGCGUUGGAAAUGGUUGGUGUCGCUGUUGAGCAUGUCCAUGCCGAGGCUGCUCCGGGACAAUGGGAAUUUGUGCUUUCGCCUGAUUGGCCCCUCCCAGCUAUCGACGCACUUCUCAAGGCUCGAGACACAACCAGGAUUGUGGCUCGUUUGUUUGAUGUACAUGCGACGUGGCACCCGCGUCUUUGGCCUGACCACCCUGGCACUGGGGUGCACGUUCACAUGUCCUUGUAUGACCCAUGGAAGGGACAAGAACCUAGACGCGACACCCAUUAUAUAAAGAAGUUCCAACACUUCAUGGCUGGCGUGCUGCAACAUAUUCUCGCCAUAAUGGCGUUCUCCCUUCCACAGGAAGUCAGCUACGAGAGAGUCAAGCCGGGAAUCUGGAGUGGCGGCGAGUACGCCUGCUGGGGACUGGACAACAAAGAAACCCCUCUGUGCCUCAUUGAAGAGAACCAUCUCGAGCUCAGAAUGAUAGACAGAUUGGCUAAUCCAUACCUCGUUUUCUGUGCUAUGCUGAAGGCCGGGGAAUAUGGCAUUGAGAGACAGAUGUCCUUGGUUGCCGGACAAGUCGAGACUGCGCCAGCGAAGCUCCCACCGACCAAGAGAGAUGACCUCAUGCUACUUCCCAAGACCUUACAGGGGAGCCUCAAGGCUUUGGAAAUCGAUCCGAUUUUGGACCAGUAUACGCCUAAUGUCAUUGGAGAUCAUCCUAUGGCUAUGGUACGGACUUAUAUUGCUGUCAAGCGGGAAGAGGCAGAGAUAUUGCAGAAGAUGGAGCCUGAUGAGCGACGAGCGUGGUUGAUUUCUAGGUAUUAGAGACAUGACCUCGUCCGAAUGUCAAACUGCAUGAGAGCCCUAUGGUGUCACUGCUUAUAUCAUUCGAAAACGAGACUAAUGUAUCAUAUUCC